AUGAAAGCGUGCCUAUCUCAGAGUCCUCACCCUUUCGAUGAACAGGUGUUCAGGAACCUUCAAAGUGCCCUCAUCCUCUCCGGACAGCUCAGCGCACUUCUUGACAAGUACAUACCAGGAGUCAGCCCCCCCGAAGACGUCCCAUACGACGAAAGUAAACUCCAAGAAGCCAAAUAUCUAUGGACAACCGUCGAAAGCGCUUCCAAGGCCAUUUUCGAGGGAAUGACAGAGAGGAAAACAGGAAAACUUGGGUUAAAUGAUGUCUUCAAGAUCUGGACGAGAUUUGAGGAAGAAACCGGGAUGCUCCGCCUUUCGCAGAGACUUCACAGGUUGAAUCAUCACCUGCUGGCCUGUGAGCAGAUUCUCGGCCAAUAUGGGGGUAUACCGUUGGAUGCGGAAAGGCAGUCAAGACAAGACGCUCAGAUAUUGGAGAAGAUUGUAUUCCCGGCAAGUGAACAGCUCGUGAGACUACAUGCACAUCUUUUAGACGCAGCUGGCCCAAGUCGCGGCAGUCCACCCCAACAGAAAUCAAACGAAGGCCUGCUAUCACAGAUCCGGAGCACGACCAGCAAAGAUUACAAGGACUACCACCGCUUCGAGGAUAUCAUGCUCCGUCUGACAACCGUAGGUCUAAAACUAACGGCGCUUCUAUGUGUUCCGCAAAAGGUCAUCAUGGCCCAACAUGAAUUACAAGAGUUUUCCCGCCUGGUGCUGGAAUAUCCACGACUGGCCGGCGCCCCUGCAUCCCACCAAAAUCAGUUUAUCGAAACUCACCUCAUCCCUCUUAGAGAGACGGUCAUAACCAGAGUGGAUCAUAUUUCUAAGAUCACGGCAUGGGAAGAUGGAAGGAGGGAACCAGCGGCGCAGGAACUCAUCCUCAAGUCGCGCGACAUGAUCCAACGCUUACAGGUUAAUAGAUGA